CCCAGCCCCCCCCCCCCCCCCCCCCCCCCCCCCCCCCCCCCACCCACACCCACACAAAACACAACCCACACAUCUAUUUUCCCACCUCCUAACCCCAUCCUCUCCCUCUCGCACAUUCGUUUCGUGUCAUCCCCUUUUUCUUACUAUCGACAUGUGACCUCCUACUCAUCUACAUUCCAACCUGAUUUUACUAGCAUCCAAGGCGGGACAGAGCGCGGGGGCGGCGAGAAAAAAAAAAAAAAAAAGAAGAAAAAGAGAGGGCGGGGGGGGGGGGGGGUGGGGGGGGAGGGGGCCCCCCCCCCCCCCCCCGUGCUUUUUCUUUUCCCCCCCCCCCCCCCCCCCCCCCCCCCCACAACACAAAAAGAGGCCUCAGUAACGCAGAUAUCCUUAGUCCUUUUUUUUCAGCCCCCUAAUUUGCCGUUUGUUUUCUCGACACGCGGUAGCUGCUCUUAAAACUUUAGCGUACGUUGUAAAGGCCAGCUUACUUUGUUACAGUCCUUAAAAAGCUUCUUAUUUGGAUAAAUGGGCUUCUUAGAAAAGUAUCCAUUGUCCUAUUAGAAAUUCAGUGAUAAUGAGCAAGGAAACAACUAUGAAUCGAGGCGUGAGGCUUUAGCAUCAAUGUUUAAUUUAAAAGCAGUUAAAGUGACCCAAGAAUUCACCUCCUUUGGUUAUGUUUGGAUUAAACAUAGCAGUUUUUAGUUUUCUAAAAGUGUUUUGGGCAGAUAAUUUUUCUUUUUCAAGACUUAUUACAAAAUACUCCAUUGUAUUACAAUUUACGACAGCUCUGCUCAGUGCAAUUUGCGACAACGUGUUAUUACAAUUUACGUCAGCCUGGUUAUUACACUUCUCGACAACUGUUUUUACAUUUUACGACAGGUAUUACAAUUUACGACAUUAUUACAAUCCACGACUGCCUAGUUCUCAUGAGCACGGAAUCAUAAGUUUCCCUCCCCAAUGCGAAAAAUCUUCGCGAGGUUUGUUGGUUAAUAAUGGCCUCCCACGCAGACGUUCUUAGGGGUUCGUCACGCGUUCCUGCCCCACAAAUCAGGAACGCGUGACGAACUCCUAAGAACGUCUGCGUAGGAUGGUCCCCAGUUUCCUCUCACGCCGGAGUCGGGAUUGAUUCGUGGUAGAGCCAUGUUCAACACUAUCUCGAACGCGCUCGUGCAAUGGCCUACCGUUGUGCAAUCUGCCAUCUGGUCACCCUCUGAUCUAACAAGUCCAAUAAACAGCACCACAAAUUAUGCUUCUAAAUAGCUUUUAUUUUAAGUUGCACUUUUGUAUUGCAUUCACAAUAAACAAGGCAGGCAGAUCCAUUAACAAACUUCAAGGAACAUACUAUUAACUCGUGUUCUCACUAGUAUUGAUGGUACAGCAUAUGGCCGGAAGGUACACGGUUUCGAAUGAUCCUCCUAAAUCUUAUUAUUUCAGAACUUCGCCUUACUGGGAUAAUGUAUCUUGAUGAAAGAUUUUUUUUUUUCUUAAAAUGGUACAAUCAUGUUGUUUAAAAACAACAUGAUUGUACCAUUUUAAGAAUGGGUUGUACUCAUGGAUGUUUUUAUUGAAAAGACUUUAUUUUUGGAUGUACUGGCAGUUCUCUGGAAAUCCAGCGUGGCGAACGUCAGACUGGCAUUGAUGCGCUUCUGUCGUCCGUUUAAAGCAGCUGAGGGAUCCUCAGGUUCGACUCUCGUGUUAGCAUUGACGCACCGGUUGUAAAGCGGGUGUAAUAUCUGGCGAAAACCCCGGCGGUAGUUUUCGAUAAAAAUCAGGUAAAUACAGGGAUUUAUUGCACUGUUGACGUGACCAAGGAAGAGGGCUGGGAAGGCUAGCGUGCACACCCUGGUUCGAAAACGAAAAAACAGAAUUGGAAAAAAGAAGUACAAACACCAACACACUGCAAAAUUGAACACGAUAACAAACAACAUAUUCAUCACUUUGCGGGUUCGUUUCAAACGAUUGUUGAAUUUGCGUCGAGUGUUUGUGAAAACUUCGCCAAUUGGCUUUCUGUUCUUGAGGGAGACCAGGACGGCGCCGUACAGGACAACAGUGAAGAACAAAGGGAUGACAUAAAACAUUACAAAAGCGAAUCUUACGUAAAAGUUGUUUGCCAUUUCGGAGUCAAAUUCCAGAGCACAGUGGGUUUUCUCCUCUUCAUCAAUGAUGAACCGAAGGCCAUGGAACAUUGGCGCUCGAGCAGCAAAGGCGGAAAGCCACACGAAGGCGAUUGCAGCGUACGCAACGCGGUUUGUGAAGACGCGUUUAAAUGGGAACAAGACAGCGAAGAAACGGUCCACAGCUAUGAGUAUAAGGGUCAGUACUGACACUGAAGCGGAGAGCUCUUGGGCAAACGGUACUAUCUUGCAGGAUAUGGCGCCAAGAUUUCCGUCAACUCCCCAGUUCAUUCCUAAGAACGUCCUUGCGAUCAUUCGCGGCAUGUAGAACACGGUGAUGAGAAUAUCUGCGGCGCUCAUGUUGACCACAAAAAAAUUCACAGGGGUUCGCAUUCGGCGGUUCUUGUAGACUACGGCAAUAAUGAGUGUGUUGCCGAUCAAAGACACAAGUAUUAAGAUAACAUACGCAAAGACCUUAAUCGUUUGGACUGCUACGGUGGAAUUUGGACGGCAAAACUGGUCAGCGAUUCUUGUUUCGUUUGAUGUGUUCAUAUUGGUCUUUUUCUCUGUUCUAGAGUCAAAGAGCGGAAGUGCCAGUGUUUUCUUUACCUGACCGACUUUAGGAAAACACUUGCCAACAGGAACUUUCCUUGUUGCUUGUAUUACGUCCACUGUACACAGCUUUCAAAAGUCUUUAAUAUUAGGAUGUACUUUGUGAACGAUUCUUUUGACGGAAUAUUACUCGUUAAUUUACCUUCACUUCAAAUUUUUCUUUUGAAGUCUUCGAAGGUUGCUUGUAUGUGACGCUUUAACACAGCAUAAUCAUUAACACGGACGGAACCUGACACUGUAUUCUCUGCUAGAAACAAGUUUCCUGUACGAGAAAAAAGUUGUUGCCGUUUUGCAGCCCAGCCUAGCCUUUUGGUUUAGCAGUUUAGGUCGGAGAAAAUUUGAUGUAUAAAAACGACUGAAGCACAACGUGCUGCUUUAACCAGUUGCUAGUCCGUCUUCCCUCAGUAUUACCGCGGUUUUAGCAGUUUGUGAGGUGGAAGAUGUCGCUGAUAGUCACUGAUAUUUACUUUAUGUGACGUUUUUGAAUAAGCACUUAAAGGUGGGCAAACUACCUGCAGGCAAAGAAAAAGUUGCUGCUGUUUUCUGUUGUAACUCAGUGUACCCCAGUUUUAUGUCGGCCUGAAGUGUUUUGUGUAGAAAGCUGAAAGCUGUACAAGAACAGUGGCGUACUGUUUGCCGCCCCAGUCUUAAGAUUGACAGACGGAUGUCGCAGAUGGAAAAUUCCGUCAAGAGGAAUGGCGUGUAAAAACAUCGAUGAUCAUCAAACGAGAGGCUGGUGAAAACAAGUCAACUGGAAACGUAGACUUGCCCAAAAGUGGACUUAUACGAGCGACGAAAUCAAGAGAAGCUUUCUCACCGGAGCAAGGACCAACCAAAGCGGAGUUUUUGAAAUCUACUUCAAACGCAGCUGUUGGCUUUAUCAUAUUACUUUAAGUAUCGCAACAUAUACAUCUGAGGCUUCCUAGUUCAAACCAGCCAAUUUUUUUCAUAACCUUCUUUUGCGUUUCCUUUUCGAAAAAACGACGCUUAUUUCUUCAUAGAAAUAAAAUAACCUUUCAUUUGCGUUAAAUUGAAACACAAACUAACGGAAAAGCAUAAAUUUCAUUACCCUUCCCUUUCCCCGAUGCACCUGUCGACUAUUUAAACAAGCGAGCUUUGACUUAAAACAAAAAAAAGAAAGAAGAGACCUUCCAAAACACGUUAUUUCUUUCUUUCUUUCUCGUUUUUUUUUUGUUUUGUUUUUUGUUUUGCAGGAAAGAACAAAGUACGAGGCAUUCGGUCAAUUUCACAAAGAGUUGCACAAAAUUAAGAAACACAGUUUUCGGUUCUUUGAACUGUGUCCACGAAGCCAACACCCGUACAAAAGAACACAUUUUGACAGUAAAACCAGGAAACGAAAAAACAAAUGUUUGUAUGUCAGCGGCACGUUAAGUUGUUAAAUCAAUACGUAAGAACACGAACUUAAAGCCUCACUUUUUAGUUUUCACGAUUUUUCUGUACUUGUAAUUAAUCGUUCGUGCAAAGGUAAACAUGUACUAAGGGUUUUUUUAAAACCCUUUCAUUUAUUGGAUGGCGUAACUCGUUAUCUUUAAGUGGAAAGGACACCAAACACAAUAUAUAAACAAAAAAAUUUAAAAAAUAUAGUAGUGGAAAUCGAAUACGUGUUUUUUUUUAGUUGGAUACAUCCUCUGCCCGUCGAAUCUAAAUAAAUAAAGCACAUGAUUUGAUUUUAAAAUUUUGGACUUUCUCAAACUUGACAGAUGUCUAAACUUAAUGUGAAACUUGUUUAGAAUCGAGUAACGCCAUAGUAAUCUUCUUUAUUACAGUUUGUUCUUAAAUUAAUUCUGAACAUCCAGAGUUGCGCGCUCUGUAGAGAAGCGGACCGAGUUUCCUACCGUUCUAUAUGUUAUGGCGUUCUUCAACAGUUUUCUCUUUGUUAAAGUUACUUAUUUAACUGCACAGCUGAGCGAUCAGUUCUAUUUUCAGAAGGAUCCAAAUGUACGUAAUUUCGAUAUAGUUUAAAAGUUUCAAAAUUCUUGACAGUUUGAUUCGCUUUGUGUAAACGUUUCCUCUUCCUCGACGCACGCAAAACUCAAGGAAAAAAAGGAAAAUCUGCAAUUUUUUCUUUCGCCAAUUGUAAAAGAAAAUGCCUUAAACUCGGAAGUAAGAGAAAGAACACUUUGAUCAUCCGCUGCCUUUAUCAGUCUUUGUCAGGCCACAGUUCCCAACGUAUUUCUGGUUUAUUUACGGUAAUGUUCCCAUUCCCCCCCCCCCUCCCCCCCCCCCCCCCCCCCCCCCCCCCCCCCCCUCCCUCCCCCACACACCCACAAAUCAAAGCGUUUUCACAUAA